AUGACCUUGAUUAAUCGAAUCAAAUGUCUUUUUGUUCUAGUUUUCAAGGACAUAUUUUCAGAUUCUCAACAAAUUUCUCCUUUGCUUAUAGAUAGGAUAGCUGAUGCUGCCGAAAAAAUAUCUCGAUUUAGCAUUUUGUUAUUGAUGUGCAGUUUUUGUGCUAUGCUGUUGCGUUUUCCAGACUGCUGUGGGUGGGAAGUGUUAAGUCAUCAAAUUUCACUAUCAAUUUUUCAUUCAUAA